UCAAGAAUCAUGAAAUCUUUCUUCAUUGUUGCCUGUGUCAUCGGACUCUGCUGUGUUGCGCUGGCAGAUGAUGAGCAACACAGAGAGAAGCAGAGCAAUUCCUUAGAGGUCAGUUUGCAGUUUUGUGCUCCUGCCCCAGCACCUGGACCAGCACCUGCCCCACAUCCUACCCAAGCUCCUUGCCCUGCCCCUGAUCCUACCCAAGCUCCUUGCGCUGCUCCUGGUCCUGCUCCUGCUCCAGCUCCAGCUCCAGGCCCUUAGGGAGAUGAGUCACCAAUUAUAAUAUUUAGUUGCACCCAUUUUUUUUGGAUUGUAAUGU